AUGCGGCCGCAACGGGGCGUGGGCGGCGGCGGCGGCGGCCGGAGGGAGCCAGGGAUGAUGACGAGGGCCGUGGACAAGGUCUUCCGCUUCGUCCGCCUCGCCGAAUUCGAGAUCCUCUUCGUCCUCUUCUUCCUCAUCGCCUUCAUCCUCUUCAAGGAUCUCAUGUCACGGCCAGACUACAACCAGAUCUUUGUCAAGAAGCCUGAUCUAGAUGACCGCUGGCCUUAGAGGGUAGGAAUUAUGAAAUGUUCUUAUUGUAAUGUAGUCGUUUUUCCAAUGUACUAUUGCA